GGUUUUCGUAGUCGCCAAAUGUAUUCAAAUUUCAUGAACUGUGAUCUGUGAACCGUACUUCAACAAAACGAAGAAAAUGAGAAGAAGCCUUGCCCCAAGCCAGGUUGCUAAACGGAAACCGGGGGGAGAUUCGUCCGAAGAUGAGGACUGGCAUCCGGAGGCAGUUCAAAAGCGACGGAAGAGUGACAUGGAAUGCAGAGAAAGCUACAUGUCCCCCUUCAGGAAGCCCCUGACGCAGCUGACAAACCGACCCGUCUGUCUGGACAGCAGUAAACAUGAAGCCUUCAUUCGUGGUAUUCUCUCAAAGCCAUUCAAGGUUCCAAUUCCAAACUACACAGGUGCGUUGGGCAUAAGGACGCUGGGUUUAAAGCGUGCUGGGGUUCGUAAGGCAUUGCAUGACCCCUUUGAAGAAGGCGCUCUGGUGCUUUAUGAGCCCCCUGUUGUGAGUGCUCAUGACCUUAUCAAGGCGGAGAAAGAGAAGCUCCCUGUACAUGUUGUUGUGGAUCCUGUACUUGGGAAAGUCCUGAGACCCCAUCAGAGAGAGGGGGUGAAGUUCCUGUGGGACUGCGUGACAGGCAGGCGUAUCCUGAACUCGUACGGCUGUAUCAUGGCGGACGAGAUGGGGUUGGGGAAGACCCUGCAAUGCAUCACGCUCAUGUGGACGCUGCUGCGGCAGAGCCCUGAUGCCAAGCCUGAGAUCGACAAGGCCAUUGUGGUGUCCCCCUCCAGCCUGGUGCGCAACUGGUACAAGGAAGUGGGCAAGUGGCUGGGCAACCGCAUCCAGCCCCUCGCCAUCGAUGGAGGCUCAAAGGAGGAGAUCGACAGAAAACUCGAACAGUUCAUGUCCCAGCGUGGCCUGAGGGUACCUUCACCCAUCCUUAUCAUUUCCUAUGAGACUUUCCGCCUGCAUGCCAGUGUCCUGCACAAGGGCCAAGUUGGCCUUGUCAUCUGUGAUGAGGGCCAUCGACUGAAAAACUCUGACAACCAGACAUAUUUGGCUCUGAAUACCAUGAGUGCCCAGCGUCGAGUGCUCAUCUCUGGGACACCCAUUCAGAACGACCUGCUUGAGUAUUUCAGCCUGGUGCACUUCGUUAAUGCUGGCAUCUUGGGGACGGCUCAGGAGUUUAAAAAGCGCUUUGAGGUGCCCAUCCUGAAGGGACGAGACGCUGACGCCAGUGACAGGGAUCGCCAGAGUGGUGAGGAGAAACUGAAGGAGCUCAUCGGCAUCGUCAACCGGUGUUUGAUCAGGAGGACCUCAGAUAUUCUCUCCAAGUAUCUUCCUGUGAAGAUCGAGCAAGUCGUCUGUUGCAGGCUGACACCUCUUCAGACAGAGCUGUACAAGCGGUUCCUGAGACAGGCCAAGCCAGCCAUGGAGCUGCAGCAGGGAAAGAUCAGCGUGUCCUCCCUUUCCUCCAUCACCUCCCUCAAGAAACUGUGCAACCACCCAGGUCUUAUCUAUGACAAGUGUGUGGAAGGGGAAGAGGGCUUUGAGGGAGCGCUAGAGCUCUUUCCCCCAGGAUACUCCACUAAAGCUGUGGAGCCCCAGCUCUCUGGAAAGAUGCUGGUUCUAGACUACAUUCUGGCCAUGACGAGAAGUACAACCAAUGACAAGGUGGUGCUGGUCUCAAACUACACGCAGACCCUUGACCUCUUUGAGAAGUUGUGUCGCUCUCGGAAAUACCUCUAUGUUCGACUGGAUGGCACGAUGUCGAUCAAGAAAAGGGCAAAGAUUGUGGAGAGAUUCAACACCCCCUCUAACCCUGAGUUCAUCUUCAUGCUGAGCAGCAAGGCCGGAGGAUGUGGCUUGAAUCUGAUUGGUGCCAACCGGCUGGUGAUGUUUGACCCCGACUGGAACCCAGCCAACGAUGAGCAGGCAAUGGCUCGUGUCUGGCGAGAUGGACAGCAGAAGACCUGCUAUAUUUACAGGCUGCUAUCGACGGGAACAAUCGAGGAAAAAAUCCUGCAGAGACAGGCCCACAAGAAGGCUCUGAGCAGCUGUGUGGUGGACGAGGAGCAGGAUGUGGAGAGACACUUUUCCCUGGGAGAGCUAAAGGAGCUCUUCUCUCUCACAGAGGACACCACCAGUGACACUCAUGCCAGGUUUCGCUGCCAGCGUUGUGUGAAUGGACGACAGGUUCGCCCCCCUCCAGAGGAUUCGGACUGCACCAGCGACCUGUCCCAGUGGCACCACUGUUCUGACAAGAGGGGCCUGAGGGACGCCGUGUUACAGGCCUCCUGGGACGCCGCUGUCACCUUUGUCUUCCAUCAGCGUUCCCAUGAGGGCCAGAGGGGCAUGGUGUGA